AUGAAUUCGGCUAAAAAUGUAGACGAGAAGUUGCCUGAUGGAUGGGUUUUAUGCCAGUCUAAGUCUAUUCCGGGAAGGAAAUAUUAUUUUAACAAGAAAACCGGAAAAUCUUCGUGGUCACAACCGCAGGAAGAUGACAAGUCUAACAAAAAAAAUUGUAAAAAGGAAAAGCUGAAGAAACAGGAGAAAAAGAAAAGAGAGGAGCUAGCUAAAAAAGGUGCAAAGAGAAAAAGCGACUCUUGUGAGGAAAUGGCAACCAAGAAAAGGAUGAAACAUGAUAUAAGUGGAGCUAACACUAGUAAAAAAAGCUGUACAACACAAAAUGAACAAAGAAGAAAUGAGUCACCGAGAUGUACAAGCACUCCAAAGACAACACCUUCUAAAAGUGUGGGCAGUAAAAAUGAGACAUUGAUCAAAAAGACCCCUGUUAAAAAUCUAGCUAACACAAGGUUAUCUCAAUUAAGAGCACUACUUAAUUCUGAUAAUCAAGAUGAUGAGGAUCCUGAUAUACCUCAAAAAAAGCUCAAAAUCAGCCCAAAAUCAAAUGAAGCACAGAAAAGAAGUGAGCGGAGGAGUCCCAAUUUAAAUGACUCCAGAUCAACACAGUCUCCUAAUAGUGAUAGCUUACAGUCUAUUCCAUCACCAUCACAAUUUUUCGCUGCUAAUAAAAUUAUAUCAUCAAUGAAAGCUCAAUUGCCAGAAGAGUACUGUUGUAAAGAGAAACAAAAGGACACAUUUGCCGAUAUAGAAAAAGGAAUUUGUAGUCAAACAACAGAAUAUCCAUUUUCAAAACAUCCGGCAACACCUCCACAGUUUUCUGAAGCUAGCAAACUCGUUUCAGCAAUUAAAUCAAAAUUAGCAUAUAAAGUUUCCUCUUCUAAAGAUGUUAAGACUUAUUCUUCAGCAAAAGAAAGGAUGGAAACUUUAAGAACAAGCUUAAGUUUAGAAGUAGAGCAAGGGUUAAACAGUAGUAGUAGUUUUUUAAAUACAAGUGUCGAGGAUUCAAAAAACAUGAGUGAAGCCAUGGAAAUUGAGGAUUUUAAACAGGUGAAACCAAAAUCUUCACCCCUACAAAGAGACAAUAAUUGUGACGGGGACAACUUAGUUUUGGUUGUAGACACAAAUAUAUUUAUUCAUGAACUAGAUUUUAUUAAGAAUGUUCUCAAUUCACAUAUUAAAGGUUACAGUGAACAACCAACUCUCUUAGUUCCAUGGCGGGUUAUAAAUGAAUUAGACCGACUUAAGGACAACAACAAUGGUAAUGGUGCACUUUGUAAACGAGCGAAGGCGGCUAUGGAUUAUUUGUAUAAAUCGCUGCCUGAAAAUAGCAGAAUAAAAGGUCAGUCCCUUCGAGAUGCAAAUUCCCACAUCUACCCAUGUGAAGUGCCUGACGAUGAAAUAUUAAAUUGUAGCUUACAACAAGUGGAGAGGGGGAGGAAUGUGAUACUAUUAACAAAUGACAAGAAUCUCAGCAACAAGGCAACAAUAAAUGGAGUUAAAAGGAUCAAUGUGAAGGAACUGAAGGAACUCAUCGAGAACAAGCCUCAGCCCUCUAACCCGGAUUUACUCGCGAGUGUGAAGCACUAUCAACAAACUUUGUAUCAUCUGUUGGCUAAUAUAUUAGAGAACGAAAUGCGUGCGAAGUACAACAACCUGUGGCAGCACGUGCUGUUCAAGGUGCCGCCGUGGUCGCUGGCCGAUGUUCUUCAGUGUCUGCUCAAGCACUGGGUGGCUGUGUUCAACGAGGUGUUCCCCCGCAUCGAGAUGCUGCUCGCUGACCUGAAGAACAGCCUCGUGUCUAUUGAGAAGAAGGAUCCGAAUACAUUAACGCAAUCAGAAGUAGCUAAUUUCAAGGAGCUUUGCCUAGAUGUGGCCAAAAAGUGUCAGAUUAUACCAGAAUAUAUGGAACUGGCCAAAAUGACGGUAGAGCGGCUGUUGAAGGCGGACGAGGGAGAGGGCGAGGCGGUGGAGGACGUUGGCAAGGAGGUCGUGGAGGCCUUCGAGGGGAUGUGGACAGUGCUCUCUAGUUAUGGGGCAAAACUAUCGACAGCGUUGGGAAUACAACACAGCAUAGACGACAAGUUGCCCGGCGCUGAGCCUCUCCCCGCUCUCUCCGGCAAGUGGGAGCAGUUCACCGGAUGUGUAAAUGAUCUCAUAUCAGCUAUUGAUGGCGUGCUAGGAGCAGGCCCGAGCUCGGACGCGGCGGUGCGGCGCCUGCAGCGCGCGCUGGCCGCGCCCGCCCCCGCCCCCCGCCCCCGCGCCCGCCGCCGCCCGCCUCGCCGCCUUCUGUGCGCAGUGCAGAAACAUGUUGCAAGAAGCCCGCAG